AUGUGUAAAGGAAGAAAAGAAGGUGAAGAGGAUACUACACCAAUACCAUUUUGCAAAGGGCCGUUAAAAGAUGGAGAAUCCAUAAAUGAAUCUAUAAUUUCUUGUGAGCUGUGUAAUUCAGAGGCCUCUGUUUAUUGUCAAGCUGAUGAUGCUUUUCUUUGCCGGAAAUGCGAUAAAUGGGUUCAUGGGGCUAAUUUCUUAGCUCAGAGACAUAUAAGGUGCCUUCUUUGCGGCGUUUGCAAGAGAUUAACUCGCCGGUUUCUGAUCGGAACUUCGUCGGAGGUGAAUUUGGAACAGAGAAGCAGAAGGAAAACUACACCGAAAGAGUCUUUCUUGUUUCUCUGA